AUGGCACGCAAUCCUCCUCCGCCCCCUCCGCCUCCCCAGCCAUCAACAGCUCGGAGGAUGGUAGCCCAGACUGAUGUCUCUAAAUACCCCACUGGAAGCUUUGGAAUUGGCGUGGAAGUUGAAUUCCUGUUAGAGCCUCGUGACAAGUCAAGAGCCAGUGACGAUAUUCGCAGUUUUUCCAAGUCGGUUGCAUCUUCUUACAAUGACUUCUUGGCUCAAUUUGAACCUGACAAGCACCCGCGCAUGCACAACGCAAUUGAUGAAUCAUAUCACGGGCCACGAUUUGCAGAAUGGUCUCUUGAUUCGGAUUCAACAAUUGAGAUGCCAAACAAAGGCCAUGCACCAUGGGGACUAGAGAGCAUCUCGCCAAUCUUCCGUGCUCACAAAAACUCAAUAUGGCGCCAACAUAUUGACUUUAUGUGGAGGUUUCUGAUAGUGAACUACAGCAUCAGCACCAAUAGUAGCUGCGGCACACACGUUCACCUCUCACGGGUUGGGGGUUAUGCGCUCGCUGAUCUGAAGAAAAUUUGCCAGAGUAUUAUACAUUUUGAGCCUGCAUUUGAGGCUCUCCUACCGGAGUCAAGACUUUCUAACGAGUAUGCGCGAAGCAAUUGGCUGGAUAACGAAAAUUUUGGACAUCGCAAUUUGUCACGAAAACAGAGUAUUGCUGUCAUAGAAAGAGCUUCCAACAUGAGAGAGCUGGUUCUCCUCAUGAAUCCGAACCACGAUAAAAUGUAUGGCUGGAACUUUCUUUAUCUGUUGAACAGCCCCAAUGGUACAAUAGAGUUUCGGAGGGGCGCUGCUAGUACAUCUGCCGAAAAUGUCUUUGUCUAUAUAGAGGUGGCAAUGUCGUUCGUUGAAGCUGCGAUUCGGCUGGGCGAUCCUCACAGGCUCGAAAAGACUCCCGGAACAGUUGGUGGCCUCAAGUGGUUUAUGAAGGCUGCCAAACUUCCAGACAAAGUUCCUGGGCUAUAUGACUCUAGGUACCUAAACCACUUUUUCUCGGAGAAGAGCGACACUGCACUUCGCGAGCCAAAACCCCUCGGAAAUAUGUCAGCCUAUCGGCUUAACAAGCUCAAGAGAAAGAAAGAAGAGGACAAGAGAAAGAACAUUGCUAUGGCAAAAAUGCUUCAUGAGCCAUACUGGAGCUAA